CCUCCGUUUCAGUACCAGCUUGCCAGCAAGUACACUUCCUUCUCUGUGAAUCGUACUUGGCUGGGACGACGGCCAUGGCAACGGCGGUUGCGACGGCGAGAAGGGCGGCGACGGUGGCAAUGGUGGUGCUGUGUGCGGUGGCUGCCAUGGCCGCGGCGCAGGAGGCGUCCAACGUGCGUGCCACGUACCACUACUACCGCCCCGCACAGAACAACUGGGACCUGGGGGCCCCGGCUGUCAGCGCGUACUGUGCCACGUGGGACGCCAACAAGCCACUGUCGUGGCGGCAGAAGUAUGGCUGGACCGCCUUCUGUGGACCUGUUGGUCCUAGAGGCCGAGAUUCAUGUGGCAAGUGCCUCCAGGUGACGAACACGGCGACUGGGGCGCAGAUCACGGCGAGGAUCGUGGACCAGUGCUCCAAUGGCGGGCUGGACCUGGACUGGGACACCGUCUUCUCCAAGAUCGACACCGACGGCCAGGGCUACCAGAAGGGGCACCUCAUCGUCAACUACAAGUUCAUCAACUGCGGCGACAACUAGCUACUACACUACACAGUUACUACAUGCUACAGAAAUUAAUUGCUGCAUAUAUAGUAUAUACACAUUUUGGACAGAGUGCUAGCUCUGCCUGGUAAAUAAAAUAAAGCAGCUUCUGAUGAGUAAUUGGGAGUGUUAAGCUGCUCUAGAUAUCUGUAUACACAUACACUGAGGUAUCAAUAAAGUUUGUGUAAUGUUGGUUGAUGGAUUCUGUGGCUAGAGGAGGUCCAGGUUGCAAUAUUUCAGUGCAGUUCAGAGGUUUCAUUUCAGGGCAAACAGAUCCAGCGUUAA